CCCAGCUCGGCUCUUAACACUGGGCUCACGCCGCAGGGGGAUGGAGACGGCUCCCUGUUCCUGAGCUCUGGGGGCGGCCACCCGGCCCCUGCCCCCCUCCCCCCUCCCCUCACCUGCUCCUCAAAUCCCAGCCUGGGAGGGAGACGGCAGAGGCAGCGACCCCCUCUCCAGCCCUCGACUUCCUUCUCCCUUGGCUGGCUCCCACCCCAGCCUCCCGGCCCCCCAGCCGGGCACCCCCCUCCUUGUCCUCAGCCCCCCGACCCGGGGAGAUUAUGAGGGAAGGAUGAGUCGGAUGCUCCGCUGGGUGUUGGUGGCUUUCGUCGUUUCCUUCGCUUUCUUCCCACAGCCUGGUCUUGGCGGGGUGGCUGGGCCAACAGGAGCCCUGCAGUGGGGGAAACAGCCCCGGGACAGGGGGCUGCAUGUUUCUGAGGUCACCCAUCCCAGCCGCCUGGUGGGGGAGAGCUCUGGGAGAGAGAUCACCAAACAAGAGCUGGACACUAGAGCCCGCAAGGAGCCCCCUGGGGGCCCGCCUGUCCACCUGGCCCAGGUGAGCUUCCUCAUACCUGCCUUUGGUUUGAACUUCACCUUGGAUCUGGAGCUGAACCAUCACCUCCUGGCUUCACACUAUGUGGAACGGCAUUUCAACAGAGAUGGGACCACCCAGCACAGCACAGGGGCCGGGGACCAUUGCUAUUACCAGGGAAAGCUUCGGGAUAACCCAGAAUCCUUUGCUGCCAUCUCUACCUGUCAGGGACUGCAUGGAGUCUUCUCUGAUGGAAAUUUCACUUAUACCCUUGAGCCCCAAGAAGAAGCAUCCCAGGGGCCUCUCCCCCACCUCAUUCACCGGACCUCUCUUCUCCCAAUCCCUGGAUGCAGGGAACCAGGUUGUUUAUUUGCUGCCCCCUCACUUCCUGUUCCACAGGCCCUGCCCAGGCUGAGAAGGAAAAGGCAGGUCCGGCGUGGCCAUUCCACUGUCCACAGUGAGACCAAAUAUGUGGAACUCAUCGUGAUCAAUGACCACCAGCUGUUUGAGCAGCUGCGUCAAUCUGUCGUCCUUACCAGCAACUUUGCCAAGUCUGUGGUGAACCUGGCCGAUGUGCUAUACAAGGAUCAGCUUAACACUCGAAUUGUGCUGGUUGCUAUGGAAACAUGGGCAGGUGGUGACAAGAUCCAGGUACAAGAUGACCCUCUAGAGACCUUAGCUCGACUUAUGGUCUACCGACGGGAGGGACUCCCUGAGCCCAGCGAUGCCACCCACCUCUUCUCAGGAAGGACCUUCCAGAAUGCAAGAAGUGGCACAGCCUAUGUUGGGGGCAUCUGCUCCCAGUCUAGGGGAGGUGGCGUCAAUGAGUACGGCACUGUGGCAUAUGUGGCAGUGACAUUGGCACAGACUCUGGGGCAGAAUCUGGGCAUGAUGUGGAAUAAACACCGAAGUUCAGCAGGCGAGUGCAAAUGUCCAGACACCUGGCAGGGCUGUAUGAUGGAAGACACAGGGCAUUACCUGCCCCAAAAGUUCUCGCGCUGUAGCGUGGAGGAAUACAGCCAGUUUCUGCAGGAGGGAGGCGGGAGCUGCCUUUUCAACAAACCCCUCAAGCUUCUGGAUCCCCCGGAGUGCGGGAACGGCUUUGUGGAGGCGGGGGAGGAGUGUGACUGUGGCUCAGUGCAGGAGUGUAACCGAGCCGGCGGGAACUGCUGCAAGAAAUGCACGCUAACCCACGACGCCAUGUGCAGCGAUGGGCUGUGCUGUCGAGGAUGCAAGUACGAGCCAAGGGGAGUGUCCUGCCGAGAGGCUGUAAAUGAAUGUGACAUCGCAGAGACCUGUACUGGUGACUCCAGCCAGUGUCCCCCCAACCUGCACAAGCUGGAUGGUUACUACUGUGAGCAGGAACAGGGUCGCUGCUAUGGAGGACGCUGCAAAACCAGAGAUAAGCAGUGCCGGGCACUCUGGGGCCACAACGCUGCUGAUCGCUACUGCUAUGAGCGACUGAAUGUGGAGGGGACAGAACGAGGAAACUGUGGGCGAAAGGGCUCUGGCUGGGUCCAGUGUAGUAAGCAGGAUGUGCUCUGUGGAUUUCUUCUUUGUGUGAACAUCUCUGGUGGGCCUCGGCUGGGGGACCUGGGUGGGGACAUCAGCAGCAUCACCUUCUAUCAUCAGGGCAGGGAGCUUGACUGCAGGGGGGGCCAUGUAGAACUAGCAGAUGGCUCGGACCUCAGCUACGUGGAGGAUGGCACUCCCUGUGGCCCCAACAUGCUCUGCCUGGAUCACCAUUGCCUCCCAGCCUCAGCUUUCAACUUCAGCAGCUGCCCUGGCAGUGUGGGCCGAAGGAUCUGCUCUGACCAUGGGGUUUGUAGCAAUGAGGGGAAAUGCAUUUGUCAGCCAGACUGGACAGGCAAAGACUGUAGUGUCUAUAACCCAAUGCCCACAUCUCCACCCACAGAGGAGACUGAGAGAUACAAGGGUCCCAGCGGUACCAAUAUCAUCAUCGGCUCCAUCGCAGGAGCUGUGCUAGUUGCAGCCAUCGUCCUGGGUGGCACUGGCUGGGGAUUUAAAAACAUCCGCCGAGGAAGGUCGGGUGGGGCCUAAGCUCCUCUCCACCCCCUGCCUGGCGCUCACAGUCACCACCUGGAAGGGGAAAGGACACACCUGCCCUCGCCCCACCAACAGAGGAGCCAUGCCAUGCGAAAGUCUUCCUGGGGCCACACAGACAGGCCCCCAAAGGGACAGCUUGGUGGGGUGGGUCCCUGGGAUGGAUGGGCGGUGGCCCCAACCCCUGCACUACUGAGAGUGGGUGGGGCCGGAGUGUGCGUCCUGCCCCCUUCCCCCACCUCAUGCCCAGCUUUGCCUUGUGUGCACUCACCCCCUCCCCAUGUGAAUGUAGCUUCCAUCAUCACUGACUGUGCCCCAGCUGGGACUACAGGCCAGAGGGCAUCAGUGAGGGAGGGGGACAGCCACCAGCUGACACUGCACUUUGGCCCUGGGGACGCCUUGGCUGACCCUGCCUGCAAGACUGGUUCAGUCAAUAAAAUGCCAGGUCCCAGGGCCUCCACACCCAGCCUUCCAGGGGCUUUGCCCCAGGCUCUGGCUUCCUCACUUUCCCAGCCAGAGCCUAGAGGUGGCUUAAGAUGUCUGAUUUUUUUUUUUUUUAUUGAGACCUAAAUGAUGAAUGUAACCACAAGGUUGGCAGGGACCAGGGUAGCUUUUAAGGGCAUUCUGGUAUCAAGGGGGAGAAGGAAGAAAGAAAGGACAUAGGGACCCCCUAUCCUUUGAUGAAGUGGCCCCAGACAGUCCUAAUUACAAGAACAUACGUUUUCUCCAAACCUAAGGUGGAGUUUGGGGAGCAGUCCUUCCUUCUCUCUAUCACCAGUCCAAACUGGGGCUCCCCAGCCCUACUGAAACACAGGACAGGCCUGAGUGUUGAAUUUAAACCAAAGUUGCCUGGUUCUGUGGCCUUGUCCCCAGAAUGUCAGCAAGGGCCAGGGACUGGACUGGAUAUCCCAGGGAGGCACAUGUCAUGAGCUAUUUCUUCAUGGGCAGUUCUGGGACUAACUCAGGGUUUGAGUGCCCACUGGGGUGACCUUAGACGUUGUAGGCAGUAGAACCUCUUCCCUAGCAGUGGGGCCUGGGUUCGAGGUAUCCUGGGAUUGGUGCUAUGCUGGGCAUCAGAAUGAUGAGAAAAGAAAGCCCAGGUCCCCAGAGCGAUCUACAAUCCCAAGACAGGGCUUCAAGACUAACUACAUCUUCCCAGACACUCAAUUGAAUUAAUUCCCCUUCCUCCUGUCCAGGGCAGUGUUUACAUAGGUUUUUGCUGCUGCCUCUCCACCCCCACCCUUUGAACCCCAAAUGGGAGGCCUCUCUCCAUCUGGGGGGAGAGACCACCCGGGGCUCUCCCUGGACAAUCGCCCCACCUCCUUUAUGAACUUUGACCUGAAGCCGAAGAAAAUAAGGGGCGAGGGAACCUGUCCUGCUCGCCCUCUCCUAGUUUAAAUGUUUGGCCUGGGACCUGUGAAGAGGGAGACACAAAGGCCUACGCCUCCCUUCUCCACAGCUAAUACCACUCCUUCCUGAUGAAAGCUGCAGUUUUUUGCCCCUUCCAAGUGUUCUAUUAAGUCUAGGCUCCCCCAACUGGGGCAACUCUGGGGAGGGAUCUGAGGGGGGUGGGCUGCAUCCCCCUUCCCUCCCCAAACCUCACCUCAGGUGCUAGCUGGGGGAGCCUGGGGCUGCUACAUUUUGAUUCCUUCUAAGUAGCUGUGGGAAGCCUGGUGGCACCUGGCACCAGGAGGGCAGGGUCCUAGAUGCCCCUAAAUUCUAGUCGCCUCUGCCCAAGGCAGGUGUCUAUGGGUAGGAACCCAGUGACAAGCCCUGCCCAAAGCACACCUGCCCCGCUGCCCGGAAAAGUACAAGCAGGUCUAGUGAUGCCUUAUGGAGUUCCCCUGGUGGGACUGUGUGCACAUUGGUGUUGGCACAUGCCUGAACAUAAGUGUACGGCUUUGCACCUCUGCACAAAUGUGCCUCUGGGUGUGCCUGUGUGUGUGCUCGUGCAUGCACUUGUGCACUUGCACACUUGUGUGUAUGGUGUCUAUAUGUGCCCACACUGGUUGGGGGAAGGGAGAGAGAAUGUCUACCACCUCUGUGUGACCGGUAAGCCUGAUGCUCUCAGCCAUCAGCAUCCUCUCACCCCACUGCCUGCCCCCGUGGCCCCCCAGGCUGGGGCAGAGGCUGGGGAUUCCCAGAGGGUGAUGCCGCCUCCAUGCAGCAUCCUGUAAAUACACCAUUAUGGGGGGAAGGGAAGAGAGGGAAAUAAAGAUCACAUCCUGGGGCUUCCAUGGAGCUCACACUCA